ACCAAUCAAGAUAAACCGUUGGUAACAAGUAACAUUUCAGAGUCAAGCGAACGGGAGAGACGGAACAGAAGGAACUUCGUUGAAGGAAUCUCUGGUGGCCUGAAGAUGGCCGGCAACACCAGCAUUUCCAUUCUCAAACAUCUCUCAUCCGCCAUUCUCCUUCUCAUCCUUCUUCUCACCGUCGUCUCCGACUGCUCCAACAACGAAUCUCGAGUUGAAUGCAGCAGAACUUGUGUUGCAAUUAACUGCAAUACUGUUGGGAUUCGGUACGGAAAGUUCUGCGGAGUAGGAUGGACGGGUUGUGCUGGUGAAAAGCCUUGCGAUGAUCUUGAUGCCUGUUGCAAAGUUCAUGACGAAUGUGUUGAAAGAAAAGGUUUAACUAAUAUAAAAUGUCACGAGAAGUUCAAGAGUUGUAUUAAGAGAGUGCGGAAAUCUGGGAAAGUUGGUUUCUCACAGGAGUGCCCUUAUUCCACAGCUGUUCCUACAAUGGUGCAGGGCAUGGAUUUGGCCAUCAUGUUCAGCCAAUUUGGUAACUCAAAGCUUGAGCUCUGAUAGCCGCGUCGGUUGGUAACUCAAUCCUUCAUCCCCAACCACAGUUCAUUCCAUCGAUUACUGCACAUAUUCUCCAAAACAAGAUGAAAAAUUUCACACGACUGAUUCAUUAGUUGAAAUAUUAUUCAAUAGAGUUAAGAAAUCUCAAACAGAAUAUUUAUCCUCAUUUUUGUCCUCUUUAGCUGUAAUUUGGAACAUCUGGAUUUUAAGGAUGAUGUUUUUAGCAUAGUGAAGCAAAAUACCAAUAUACUUCAUUGUUUCAUGUUUUAGGCUUCUUCAGUAGCUGUUAGAUUUUCGUUUCCUCCUUUCAUUUUGUUUGUCAAACAGUUCAUUUUUAAGGACCCAACCAUUGUGGGCAGUGCUUGUUAGACUUUUGCAGAUUGUCUUUUGAUGUGUUUUUGUCAUUUUAAUGCUACUUUUGUUGCUGCUCUUAUUUCAAUGGGGGCAUAUAAUAUAA